GGGCGCCGGACGCCUCAGAUCACGAGCAGAAGCUGCCGCAAUUCAGGCAGAGCGUGCACGAGAUGUACGCAGCCGUGGCGGACAAGCCUCUAACGGUGGACAACGUGCGCCUGGAGUCUCUAGGCGGCGCGCCCGGCGAGCCCCCGCCCCCGCUGCGCACGCAGCAGGCGGUUUUGGACCGGGAGCUCGCGCGCGUGUACGACGCGCGCUCCCUGCGCGAGGUGCACGCCGCACUUGAGACGGCGGUGGAGCACCUGCAGCAGCUGGAGGCGUUCAAGCGGAUCGACGCUCUUAUUGACGACGAGCCGCCGGUGCGCCUCAAGCAGCGCUGGUUCUAG